CUUCGUUUCUUUGGCGACUUGUUUUCCUCACUCAUGCAUCGCUGCCAUGUGCCUUCAAAAGUGUUACCUACCACCUUCCCCUUCCACCUCCUCCGUGUGUUUACUGGCUCGUUGGGAAUUCAGAGGCUCUGACGUUCGGUCCGGGUCAUCGCUGUGCUGCUUUUUUAGGUACAUUUCAUGUAUAAAUGCGCAUGGACCCUGCCUCCGGUCGAUCGCGAUGCGUCGCCGCUGCGUAGUGAAUUUCCCUGUAGGGGAUCCCCUUGUUAUAACAACUCCCUCUGGCGUCGUCAUGCUCUCAGCACCCAGCGUAUGAGUAGAUUUGGUUCGGUCGUGACCAGAUUUGAGCUUUGCAGCGUUUGGUUGCCUUAUUGCUUUGGACGGACCAACGAGGUCAGCUUUCGAUGGACGUUCGCUUCCCUCGUGCGUAUCUCAUCUUCGCGAUGGGCUGAGGCUGCUUCCUUCCUACCCCGUUCGGUUCUAGACUGCCGAUGGCUGAUGUCGUUCGGAGCAUCACUGGCCGAAUUCAGUCUUCAGUCCUGGUCCAAUCGUACGCCCAAUAACGCUGAAGCCUUCCGAUCUCAGCUCCAUCGUGCACUGAACCGGUCCCAUCUAAUUCCAUCUCAGUUUUUCUGGCCCCUUGAAUUCAUUAGUGGAUGAGUUUAACGAGUCUAUUCUUUCCUUUUACUCAGUAGUUCACUUCCGCUACCAUUCCGUCACGGAUGAUGAGGGAACAUGGAAGGGCUGUCACUGCACCGCUUCCCUUGGUUAUUCAGCGCUCAUGACGUCGACUGAAGCUCCAAAUCAUGCAUUGAAAUCGAAACCGGGGGCCGUGCGUUCUCUGCUCCAAAACCUUUCCGAAGGGUUGGUCAAAAACCAAUGCAUGCCCAUCGUCAGCUGUCGUUCACGUCAGGGUUCUGAACCGAGGCAACUGGCCCGAUGUACCCUCAUCUCGUUCCCCACAUCAACUUUGACUUCCCGCACCCGUUGUUCUACACGUUGCAAACAACCCCGUUUGAGAUCGGCAUGCUCCGCUACGUUCCACCUUUGUCAAGGGCUGACUCGGCCACGUUCUUU